CUGAACUGUUGCCCUAUCACACCUCUCAGUCUGGAGAUGAGAUGACAUCCCUGUCUGAGUAGGUGUCUCGCAUGAAGGAGAUGCAGAAGUCCAUCUACUACAUCACUGGUGAGAGAAAGGAACAGGUGCCCAACUCUGCCUUUGUGGAGUGUGUGAGGCAAUGGGGUUUCAAGGUGGUGUACGAGACUGAGUCUAUCAAUGAGGACGGUGUGCAGCAACUCAAGGAGUUUCAUGGGGAGAGCUUGGUCUCCAUGACUAAAGAAGGCCUGGAGCUGCUUGAGAAUGAGGAGGAAAAGAAAAAGAUGGAGGAGAGCAAGGCCAAGUUUGAGAACCUUUGCAAACUCAUGAAGGAAAUCUUGGAUAAGACGGUUGAGAAGGUGACAGUCUCUAACAAGCUUGUGUCUUCACCCUGCUGCAUUGUGACCAGCACCUACAGCUGGUCAGCCAACAUGGAGUGAAUCAUGAAGGCCCAGGCCUUCUGUGACAAUUCUACCAUGGGUUACAUGAUAGCCAAGAAGCACCUGGAGAUCAACCUCAACCACCCCAUUGUGGAGACCCUGAGGCAGAAGGCUGAAGCUGACAAGAAUGGCAAAGCUGUCAAGGAUUUGGUGGUGCUGCUGUUCCAGAUAGCACUGUCGUCUUCUGGCUUCUUCCUGGAGGACCCACAGACCCACUCCAACUGUAUCUACCACAUGAUCAAGCUGGGCCUGGGCAUCGAUGAAGAUGAGGUGACUGCAGAGGAGCCCAGUGCUGCUGUUCCUGAUGAGAUCCCUCUCCUUGAAGGGGAUGAGUGUUCAUUCUGGAUGGAAGGAGUGGAUUAG